AUGUUUCAAAAUAUCGUAACUGUUCAACCGCCGCCCACCGUUUGGAUGACUAAACCGCCAAAUGGAAACGCAUUAUCCUAUCUUCAAGACCUUGAUUCAUUAUUAGCAAAACAAGUAGUCAGUUUAACUCAAAUGAUAACUGGUUUCGAUACUCAAAUUAAAUUUGGUAUAUUCAAUAGUAGUGGCCAACAAGUGUUUUAUGCGUUCGAAGAAUCGGAUACAUGUGAACGAAUGUGUUGUGGAAAACAACGGGGAUUUGUUUUGCACAUUGUUGAUAAUACGAAUCAGGAAAUUAUUCGAAUUCGUCGAGACUUCAAAUGUUUUUCUGGUUCAUGCUUUGGAUGGUUCGCAUGUUGUAAUGCUUGUAUUCAUGAAGUUAUUGUUGAAUCUCCACCGGGAGUUGUUAUUGGUACCGUACGUCAGAAAUGUAGUUUCUGUCGUCCUCAUUUUGAUUUAAAAGAUGCAACUGGUAAUAAAAUUUUAAGUAUCAUUGGACCAUACUGUGUAUGUGAUGGUCCCUAUUGUUGCUGUUGUGAAAAUAAGUUUACGCUAUUUGGUAGUGAUGAUGUUAAAGAAAUAGGUGCUAUACAUAAGAAAUAUGCUGGAUUUAUCAAUGAAGCAUUUACAGGAGCAGAAUUAUUUACUGUUCAAUUUCCAGUAAAUAUGGAUAUGAAGAUGAAAGCGGUUGCAAUAGGAGCAUUAUUUCUCAUCGAUUUCGUAUAUUUUGUUCAUGCUCCAACACGAGGUGGUUAUAUAUAG